AUGCCUCACACCAUCACUCUUCACCCAAGAGUAGUACUCCGAAAUGUCGCAGAUGCUCUGAAUUGCCGACAUGAAGAACUUUCGGUGACUCUCCCGGUCCACUCUACUUUGGUGUCAGCUUUAAGAGCUGCCGAGUCGGCCAUCACCGACAUUGAUGAGGAUAUUGCAAUCAUGCCACGAGGUAUACGGGGUCCAAAGCUCCGGGAGCUAGCCAUCUCAAUUCAAUCAUGGGGUAAGAGCUCUACAGAACAGCGAUCAGACGGACGAGAGAUUAGGAGCUCCAUGACACUCCCCGAUGUGAACAUACCUUUUGAGAGAAGGGAAGAAAUCCGCGAAAAGAUUCGCGCAAUGGCUAUCAAAGCCAGAGAUGAAGAGUUCCGAGAGCCAUAUGUGACUCUUCGCGCAGAAACCAUGGAUUCAUAUAUCCCCAUAAUCCGCGCCAACAUAACUCUUCGUGCUAUAGAGAGCGGUGAAGAUGAUCUGAUCGAGAGUUGGGUCAGCAAGGAAAUGAUCUUUGAUACUGGAGCUCACCGUACCAUAAUCAGCGAAGAGGUGCUGUCUCCGAUAUUUCUAGAAUACCUCAAGGAUCCUAUCCAUGAAGAGUAUCGGAGAGAUCAGACCGAAGCAGGGAACGGCAUGACUGUACAGCUGGACGCAGAGAUCCAGUUUAGCAACUGCAUUCUGCCUAUCUCGACGAUAGUGCAGAUCGUUCCUAAAUCCAAAAUACCCAAUCGUUUUGUCGGAAUAUUGCUAGGCCAAGUGGGGGCCAUUGACCGUUUGGGCCUGAGCAUGAAACCUCGACAGAUUCUGGAGGCGAAGGGAGAGCAGGUUCCCGCAAAUGUCUGGGGAGAUAUCAUGAUCGACGAGUACGCAGACCUGUUUGGAGAUCUACAUGUUCUUUGA